UCUUGGUAUAAAAGGUGAAAGGAGCGUGCCGUUCCUCCCUUUCUCACUGCCGGUGUUACUGCCUUCUUGGUUUUCUGACUAGUAUAAGCCACCCGCCGAGCCAAGUCCAGGUGUAAGAGAAACAACAGCGACGGAAAAAAAAACAUGUCCGAGAAAGAAGAAUCCGACUUGCGAGCGUCCAGAGGCGGUGCUGAUGAACUGGAGAGUGUGGAAAAGGGCGAAUUGUCGUCGCCCGAGGAGCAGGAUGUCGUCGAUAAGAAGUUGGAGAGGAGAGUCCUUUGGAAACUAGAUACCAGAAUCCUCCCCAUUCUCGCCGUGUUAUUCCUGUGCUCCUUCUUCGACCGGACCAAUGUCGGCAACGCGCGGCUGUACGGUCUCGAGGACGAGAUCGGCAUCUCGGACCACCAGUACGACGUCGGGCUCGCCGUCUUCUACGCGACGUACAUCUUCGGCGAGAUACCCAGCAACCUCAUCCUGAAGAAGGUCACGCCGAGCAUCUGGCUGCCGUGUCUGGCUUUCUUCUGGGGCAUUAUCGCUAUGAGCACGGGGUUCAUUAAGACGUUUGCGCAUUUUGUGGCUGUGAGGGCACUUCUGGGUCUGUGUGAGGGAGGAUUGUUACCCGGCAUGAUUCUGUAUUUGUCAAGUACUUACAGGAGAAGCGAACUUGCCAUUCGAAUUGGUAUAUUCUAUACCUCUGCGUCUCUAUCGGGCGCAUUCUCAGGACUGCUCGCGCGAGCUAUCUCCGAGUUAGGCGGUAAAGGCGGUCUAAGCUCCUGGAGAUGGAUUUUCAUCAUUUUCGGCCUCUUCACUACCACGGUGGGCUUCACGACGUUCUGGCUACUGCCCAAUAACGUUGCGUCGGCGCGGUUCUUCACGCCUGAGGAGAGAGAAUAUGCUGUCCAGCGCUUACGUGCGCAGACUACUAAUAGUGGUGGGCGAGAACAAGAGGAAACGGAGAGGUUCGCGUGGUCCGAAGUUGCCCGCGGCGUCUUCAACUGGCAGACGUGGCUCUCUGCGUCAGCGUACUUUGGAAUUCUCAGCGGACUGUAUAGUUUCGGCCUCUUCCUACCUACCAUUAUUAAAGACCUGGGUUACACGGCCAACGAAGCUCAGCUUUGGUCCGUUAUUCCUUAUGCCGUUGCCGUGGUUGCUACAUUGUGCACCGCAUACCUAUCCGAUCAUUUCCACGUCCGCGGCAUCAUAAUGCUGUGCUCGCUGCCCAUUGCCAUCAUCGGAUACGCAGUCAUAGCCAACACGCCUUAUGCCAAUGUGAAAUACGGCAUGACAUUUCUCAUGGCCACGGGCUUGUACAGUAGCGUUCCGCCAGUUUUGGGCUGGCUUUCGAAUAACUCAGCAGGUCACUACAAGCGAGCUACGACGAGCGCCCUCCAACUCGCCAUCGCCAACGCCGGCGGAUUCGUCGCCGUGUUUAUAUACCCCAAGAAACAGGGCCCGCAGUAUCACAAGGGUCACACCAUCGUUCUCAGUCUUCUAACGGCUGGCUGGUUCCUUGUUCUCGCCAACGUCCUUUACUGCUGGAAAGUCAACCGUGACAAGGCUAGGGGUAAAUACGAUAAGUAUGCGGGGUACAGAGAUGACCGGGAUCCCACGUUCAAGAUGGUGUUGUAAACGGGAAAGAAAAGAAGGGAGGAAAGUCGGGGUUUUUAAUAUUCUAUCUAUAAUGGACAUGAAGGUCUGUCUGCCCGAGGCUUUUCUUCAGAUUCAGACACCUUGCAUAUAUGGACAAAAGUAUAUGUAGAAAG